UGGAAAUGGAGUAGAGUCAGCUCAAAUCCGCCAACGAACGCCUCGUCCUCUCCGCUCCGCCGUUGUUUCUUAUACUUACUUCUUUACUUCAUUUCUCCAAUGGCGUCCUCGUUCAUUUCUCGAGCUGUUGUCUCCAGCAACACCACCACCACCACCAUUCCUUUUUCAUUCUCUUCCUCCGUUUCUUCUCCCCUCCCAUGGAGGUCCUCCCGCUCAUGCACUUUUUUUCCCACCAAUUCUUGCCGGAGGAUCCCAGUUGUUCAGUGCAAGAUCCGAGAGAUUUUCAUGCCUGCACUAAGCUCCACGAUGACUGAGGGAAAGAUCGUCUCGUGGAUCAAAUCCGAAGGGGAUGUUUUAUCCAAAGGCGAGAGCGUCGUCGUUGUGGAGUCUGAUAAGGCUGAUAUGGAUGUGGAGACUUUCUAUGAUGGAAUUCUUGCUGCUAUUGUUGUUGGUGAGGGUGAAACUGCUCCUGUUGGAGCUUCGAUUGGUUUAUUGGCUGAGACUGAAGAAGAGGUCGCUGAGGCCAAGGCUAAAGCCGCGUCUAAAUCUCAGCCUUCGACUCCAGCAGCUGAUGUUUCUCCCUCUCCUCCGGUUAUAUCUCAGCCGUCUCCUCCGCCGACCAAGCCGGCGUCGGAUGGACCGAGGAAGAUUGUGGCAACUCCUCAGGCGAAGAAGCUAGCGAAACAGCACAAGGUGAAUAUUGGAUCGAUAACUGGUAGUGGUCCAUUCGGUCGAAUUACUCCGGCGGAUGUGGAGGCUGCGGCGGGAAUUGCUCCUUCGAAGCCUGUUGUAAGCAAUGUAGCUUCACCUGCGGCUUCUGAGACUGCUCCAGUGGCUGCCUCUACUCCAUCGAAAGCGACUGCAGCUCCUUCCAACUUGCCCCCACCAGUUCCUGGCUCAACGACUGUGCCAUUCACGACAAUGCAGGCGGCGGUGUCCAAGAAUAUGGUGGAGAGUCUUUCUGUCCCUACAUUUCGAGUUGGUUAUCCGGUGUCCACUGAUGCUCUUGAUGCGCUCUAUGAGAAGGUGAAACCGAAGGGCGUCACAAUGACUGCCCUCUUGGCCAAGGCUGCUGCAAUGGCCCUCGCUCAGCAUCCGGUUGUAAAUGCAAGCUGUAAAGACGGGAAGAGCUUUACAUAUAAUGACAACAUUAACAUUGCAGUAGCCGUAGCUAUCAAUGGUGGUUUGAUAACACCUGUUCUUCAGGCUGCGGAUAAGUUGGACCUCUACCUACUAUCUCAAAAAUGGAAAGAGUUGGUCGAGAAAGCUAGAUCCAAGCAGCUUCAGCCCCAUGAAUACAAUUCAGGAACUUUCACUCUUUCCAAUCUGGGCAUGUUUGGAGUGGACAGGUUCGAUGCUAUACUUCCUCCAGGCCAGGGGGCUAUCAUGGCCGUUGGAGCCUCAAAGCCGACUGUUGUCACGGACGCUGAUGGCUUUUUCAGCGUGAAAAGUAAAAUGUUGGUGAAUGUGACCGCCGAUCAUCGAAUAGUUUAUGGUGCUGACUUAGCUGCCUUCCUUCAUACCUUCGCAAAGAUAGUUGAGAAUCCAGAAUGCCUGACCUUGUAGAAGUCCAUUUUCAAGUUUCAACAUCGCCUAAAACUUGCCUGCAAGAAGGAAAAAGAAACAUCCAGAUUCUCUUUUGGCCACGGAGUGAUGGAAGUUUGAAUUAAACAGAGCCUCAGAGGAAUCCUUUUUGUGUUGGAGGUCCUAUUGAUAUUUGAUUUUGCUUAAUAUUUAUUUCUAUUUCUGAAAUAUUUCAGGAGCAAUAAUGAGUAGAUUUUCUUUGUCAAAGUUACUGCAGACGGGAAUUGUAUUGGUAGAAACUCAAUGGAUGAUGAAAGAUAGUUUUAUCUAAUCAACAAAGAUAAGAUAAAGUGAAGAAGCGGUUGUCCUCAGAAGGACAUGAAAGUCACCAGUCCAAGCUGAUAUUUCUAGAAAUGUAAAGCUUGUCAAUAUAUUCUAUGACUGGACCCGAAGCGUCGAUAUACCUUUUCAUUUUCUUCUCUGCUAACUGAUCUGCAAUGGUGAAUGAAAGAGGUGUUGUAAGUUUGAUUGUGUAAACAACAGAUUCAGGUGUUUAUAAUUGAAAAGAGUAUAUGAAAUGCGCCUACUGGUCUCGUUGAGAUUUAGCAGAAGCUGCUCCCUCGUUGGAAGAGUAUACAUUCCAGCAGAAACUGCCAUUCUGACUGUCCAAGGGUGGUAGGGCGCACAAACUUGUGUAUAAGCUGUUGAAGCAGCUUCCUUUAACGAGUAUUCUCUAGAGAUACAAGGCAGCAAAGCUAGAUUUAAGUGAACUUAAUGAGUUUUGAUUGCAGGAAGGAAGGGAAAAGGGGGACAGAGAACUUACUCAGUGGACAUAAACUGUUCAAACAGAGCUCUAACAAGGUCCAAACCUUGUCUAACUCGACGCAGAUUGCGAGAAUUGCUUCCAGGUGCUUUAACUGUGUCAUUUGCAAUAUCAUCAUCAAGUAUUGUGAGCAAUGUCUCGUGCUUCUUUGAAGCUUCCGAAAGAUCACGCACCUGAAACAAAAAAAAAAAGAAAAAAAAGAAAACCAUCAAAAGGGGUGAUUCCAUUAGAAUUUCCAACAUCUUGUUCACCGUGGUGACAAGGAAGUCCCACAUUGGCUAAUUAAGCAGAUGAUCGUGAAUUUAUAGGUAAGUAAAUACAUUUGAGGCCGGUCUUUCGGGAAGCUAAAAGCAAAGUCAUGAGAGCUUGUGCUAAAAGUAAACAAUAUCAUUCCAUUAUGGAAAGUCGUAGUUCCUAACAUGGUAUUAGAGUCAUGCCCUUAAGUUAGCCAUUUCAAUAGAAUCCUCAAGUGUCGAACAAAAAAAGUCAUGAGAUGUAGUGAAAAGUGAUUCAAGCGUCGAACAAAAAAGUUGUGAGAUGUAGUGAAAAGUGAUUUAGUGUCGA